CCUUGUUGAUGAAUGAAUUAGCUUGUGUUAGACCUUGUUGUGAAUGGAUUAGCUCGUAACAACUGCAUGCACUGAAGUUAUUUUGCAAUGUGGGAUCUUGGUCUUCUAUUUUCUUUAAUAAGUAAUCAAUUAAAAAUAACUCUUGAAACAGCGCUUAUUAGUUAUUAGUCUUAUCUCGCUUAAUCAAUGUUGUUGUUUGCUUUUUUCUUUUUAACGCGGAAUGCUAUUUACUCGGUCUACACUUUCAGUUAGUAAAACCCGAUUGGAUAGUCACCCAAACCGCAGGACCAACAUCAAUACCAAACCAGCUGAAAAUGCUUCUAUCACCAGCCAUUGGUAGCAAUUUCAGAUUUAGCGUGAGGAGCUUGUCAAUUUCUCCAACCACCUGAGCACGUUGAAGAAGGCAGAAGCUCCCUAUAUACACACACCACACCUCAAAUCAGAUUCAUUAAUUGAAGUGAAGAACAUGCCUGGGAAUGAAGGCAGUAACAUUGUGAGUGAAUGGCAGAAGUCAAGAUGCCUUGCGCUAACACCAUGCAUAGAGGGUCCUGCGAUCGGAAUUGACCUCGGAACUACGUACUCAUGCGUUGGUAUUUGGCUGCAUGAUCAUGUUGAAAUCAUAGCCAAUGAUCAGGGUAACAGGACUACCCCGUCCUAUGUGGCAUUCACCGAUACUGAACGAUUGAUCGGCAGUGCUGCCAUGAACCAGGCCGCUAUGAACCCAAUGAACACCGUUUUCGAUGCUAAGCGUUUGAUGGGUAGGAGGUUUAUGGAUGAUUUGGUGCAGAAUGACAUUAAAUCGUGGCCGUUCAAGGUGAUGCCUGGCCCUGGUUACAGGCCAAUGAUUGUAGUGAAUUACAAGGGGGAGGUGAAGCGGUUUUCUCCGGAGGAGAUAUCUUCCAUGGUUCUCACGAAGAUGAGAGAGAUUGCGGAGGCCUAUCUUGGUACCACUGUAAAGAAUGCGGUGAUUAGUGUGCCCGCUUACUUCAAUGACUCUCAGCGUCAGGCUACCAAGGAUGCCGGCGUCAUUUCUGGCCUCAAUGUGAUGCGAAUCAUCAAUGAGCCUACUGCGGCUGCCAUUGCCUAUGGACUCGAACUCGACAAGAAAGGCAUUGCCACCAGCGCUAAGAGGAACGUUCUCAUUUUCGACCUUGGUGGUGGGGCUUUUGAUGUCUCGCUUGUUACCAUGGCGGAAGGUAGCUUCGAGGUGAAAGCCACCGCGGGUGACACUCACUUUGGGGGUGAGGAAUUUGACAACAGAAUUGUGAACCAUUUUGUUGAGGAAUUCAGGUGGAAGAACAAUAAGGACAUUAGCGGAGAUGCCACCGCUGUUAGGAAGUUGAAGACCGCAUGGGAGAAGGCGAAGAGGAUACUAUCAUUCACUGAUGAAACCACCAUUGAGAUUGAUUCUCUGUAUGAAGGCAUUGAGUUUUCCACAAACAUCUCUCGUGCGCGGUUCGAAGAGCUGAACAAGGACUUGUUCAGGAUGUGUAUGGAGCGUGUAGUGAUGUGUUUGAAAGAUGCAAAGAUGGAAAAGAGAAAGGUGGACGAUGUUGUUCUUGUUGGCGGAUCCACGAGGAUGCCAAAGGUUCAGCAGUUAUUGCAAGAGUUCUUCAAUGGCAAGGAAGUUUGCAAGAGCAUCAUUAACCCUGAGGAGGCUGUUGCCUAUGGUGCUUCUGUCCAGGCUGCAAUUUUGAGUGGAAAAAAGGGACUGCAGGCUCUUAAAUUGCUUGAUGUAACUCCACUCUGCAUUGGAUUUGAGACUGGUGAUGGGGAUAUGCAAGUGUUGAUUCCCAGAAAUACUAAAAUCCCCAUUAGGAAGGAGGAGGUUUUUACAACCUCCGCCGAUAACCAACCCGGUGUGCUGAUUCCGGUUUUUGAGGAGGGUGACCGGAUAGUUAGAACUCAUGGUCGUCACUACAACAACUUGCUUGGCAAGUUUGUGGUGUCCGGACUCCCUUAUUUACCAAAGGGUGCUCCAAAGCUCAAUGUUUGCUUCGACAUCAAUGCUGAUGGUAUCUUGAGUGUCUCCGCAGAGGACAGAACCAUAGGAAUGAAGAACAUGCUGACCAGAGAGAGGAACAAGAUUAGAAUCAGCAACGACAAGGUGAGGCUUUCGAAGGAGGCGAUAGAGAAGAUGGUGAAGGAAGGUGAGAAGUACAGAGAGAGAGUAGAGGCGAAGAAUGCUCUAGAGAAUUAUGCGGAUAACGUGAGGAAGAUGAUCAAGGAUUAUGAUAUGAUUGGCUCAGAGUUUUCAGCUGAUGAUAAGAAGAGGAUUGAAGAUGCAAUUGAGCAGGCUAUGCAAUGGCUUGAUGGGAACAAACUUGCCAAGACUAAUGAAUUUAAGGAGAGGAAGAAGGAGGUGGAGAGUAUCUGCAACCCCAUCAUCUUAGCUAAGAUGAAUCAAAUGUUUGAUUAAGCAGACAGAACAUCGAUCACAUCAGCGUUUGAUUUUGCAAGACACAUUUGGUUUGGGAUUAAAUACUAGCUACAUCAUGUCUAUAUAUAGCAUACUUUUUCUCUGUUUUUUCAGUAUACUGUACAUCGUUGUUU